CAACCAAGCAUUUGAGAGAAAUUCAGGCAUGGAGGAUGAGUGCAUUGAAUUUUGAUUUAUUAUAUUCCAUUCAAUUCAAUCUGGUGUAACAGAACGCAACGCUAGAGAAAGAGGAUGGAAGCAUCGUCAAGCGGAGAAGGAUCUCAGCGUGACGAAGAGAAAGGGAUGUUUCAAUACUUUGGUUGGGUUUAUCAUAUUGGCGUCAAUUCCGUAGGUCGCGAGUAUUGCCACCUACGAUUCCUUUUGGUCAGGGGCAAGUGCGUUGCCAUGUACAAGCGUGACCCUCACCAGAAUCCUGGCAUUAAACCCAUUAGACAGGGAGUCAUGGGUGCCACACUAGUGGUGGAGGAGCUAGGACGUCGAAAGGUCAAUAAUGGGGAACUUUAUGUAAUACAAUUCUGUAGUCGAUUAGAUGAGAGCAGAAAAGGAGAAAUUGCUUGUGCCACAAUAGAAGAAGCCCAAAGAUGGAUGGAAGCCUUUAAUCAUGCCAAGCAACAGGCUGAGCAUGAGUUGUCAACAGAAAGUAGUGCCAGAGAUAAAUUAAUACAAGAAAUGGAGAUCAAUUUACAAGGCAAUCGACAUAAAAUGAAACGGUAUGCCUCUGGGUUAAGGAAGCUUAAAAAAAUUGGCCAAGGCCCAGAGACACUUUUACGUCUAUCAUCAAAGAUUUUUGGUAGUUCAGAUGGGUUUGAAGACAACAAUGGAGAUGCAUUUGAAGCCCAUCAAUGGAAAUGUGCUCGUACCAUGUCCGGCAUUAGAAUCUUUGAGGAUGUUUGUAGUCAUAAGAAUGGUAAGGGUGUCCUCGUUAAGUCCGUUGGUGUUAUUGAUGCAACUGCAGAUAGUGUUUUUGAAGUGUUUUUAAACACUGAACGACAAAAAAGAUAUGAGUGGGAUAUGUUGAUGGGUGACUUGGAGUUGGUAGAAACUUAUGAUGGACAUUAUGAUGUUAUUUAUGGAACAUACGAUCCUAAGUAUCUAACUCGGUGGCAUUCAAAGCGAGAUUUUGUCUUCUCUAGGCAAUGGUUUCGAGCACAAGAUGGAACAUACACUAUUUUGCAAUUCCCAUCAAUACAUAAGAAAAAGCCUCCAAGAUCCGGAUAUCGACGUACAAAAAUCAAUCCAUCUACAUGGGAAAUAAGAAAUUUGAACACGCCAAUGGGAUCAAAUAGACCAAGAUGUUUAGUGACCCAUACUUUAGAGAUACACUCUCAAUCAUGGUAUCGAUGGAAGAACAACCAACAAUGCACAAAAUUUGAGAAGAGCAUCCCUUAUGCAUUGUUGUGCCAAGUGGCAGGUCUAAAGGAAUAUAUUGUAGCCAAUCCGGCACUCCUCCAACAAUAUGCAACUACUAUCCAUUCCCAAAUCUCCAAUGCUUCUAUGCCCAACCCUGAAUUUGUAGAUGCAGAAAUCCAAGAUGAGUUUUAUGAUGCAAUUUCUGCUGAGUCAUUAUCAUCUGAUGAAGAAAGUGAAGAGGAUAAGGAACUAGAUCAGGGGCAUAAAGUCAAACUAAAGAAUGUUUCUUGGGCCAUGACAACAUUAGCUUUGAAGCGAACUACAGGUCUAAGCAAAGAAUUAGACCCCGAUGCAAGUUCUAUUACAAUUGAUGUGAGUGGCAAGUUCGGCUCUUUGUGCAAAGGUGUUGAUGAGAAUGACACAAAUUGUUGGACUUCUCCUAGUGGUGAAGGAUUUAUGAUUAGAGGAAAGAACUAUCUAAAAGAUAAUUCUAAGGUAAUUGGAGGUGACCCUCUUCUCAAGCUCAUAGCAGUUGAUUGGUUAAAAGUCGACAAAUCUAUAGACAGAAUUGCACUACACCAUAGAAGUUUGGUUCAGUCCGAAGCAGGGAAAAAUCUCCCAUUUGUCUUCGUACUCAAUCUACAGGUUCCAGCUAAACCAAACUACAGCUUGGUCCUAUAUUAUGCAUCUGACAGACCUGUAAAUAAAGAUUCUUUAUUGGCUAAGUUUUUGGAUGGAAAUGACAUGUUUCGGGACUCAAGAUUCAAAUUAAUUCCAAGCAUAGUUGAGGGAUAUUGGAUGGUCAAGCGAGCUGUAGGAACAAAAGCUUGCCUACUAGGGAAAGCUGUCACUUGUAAAUACUUUAAACAAGAUAAUUUUUUUGAGAUAGAUGUAGAUAUUGGAUCAUCCUCUGUAGCUAGGAGUGUCAUUGGCCUUGUUCUAGGAUAUGUCACAAGCCUAGUUGUUGACCUUGCAAUUUUGAUAGAGGCAAAAGAAGAAGGAGAGCUGCCAGAGUACUUACUUGGAACUGUCAGAUUAAACCGCUUAAAACUUGAAUCUGCUGUACCACUGGAGGCUUGAGGUGUCUAGUCACAAAGUAUUAAAUAAUUUGGUUCUUAUCUUUUAUUUGGCUCAAAUGUUUAUAGUUACA